AUGAGAUACAAUCUGUACAGCAGCGCUGUGCACCACCGAGUCGUCGCCAGUCAGGACCUGGUUUGCCGCUCAACUAGCGCCUCUUCCGUUGGCCCACUUUGGCUGUGGCCGUCGCCGUUGUGGAUCAAGAUACCAUCUGACACUUGUGACGCCAGUGACGCCGAUGAGUCCGGUUCCACGCCACCACGCCCAGACUGUCACAUCAUUGUCGUGUCAGACGUUCGGGCACGCGUCCUCCAGCGACCAUCGAUGAUUGCACAUGGAGACCGGUGA